CUUGUUGUAUAUUUAAGGAACGCUUCGAGCACUCUUAUUUUUCUGAUAAGCUUCGCUGUCGAGCUUCGCCGGAGCUUUCAACAGGGCGGCAAAAAAAAAUAUAUAUUUUUUUUCAUUCGUUAGUUUCCAUCGAAGUCUGAACAAAAGAAAUUUAAAGGGAGAGUGAAUUCAAAGAAAGGCAGGCUUUUUAUUUUCCAGGAUCUCAGUAAAGGAUAAAGCUUUGAGUGAGAAGAUUUCCAGCUAGCUUUUCAGUUUGUCAAGGCUCUGUUUGGCAGCGCCUUUCGAGAAGCCUAAUUUCACCACCAAGCUUGAACAAAUGGUAGUGAAAGUAGCAGCAACGGCGUGUUUGCAAUGGUCACAGCCAAUUCUUCCUCAAUCUCCACCUUCCUCUCAAGCUUUAGCUUCAGCAAUCUCUUCACCUUCACUUCCCAAACGCUGCCGUAGUGAUGGUGCUCUUAUUUUCAAGUCAGUUCAAAGACUGAACCGGUCGGCUCUGUUCGGUUCCCACUCCACCAAUAUUCAACGGUCCCGAUCUUGCGAGUUUCUCAAAUCAGGAUCCCGAACUUUAAGAAAAGCUUGCAGCGCUAGUUUAGAUGCCUUUUCGGAUGAAGAAUUUUCAAAAAAAAUUCAAGAAUUGGCUCUCAGAUUCCAGUUGUCAGACGACGAUGGUGACACCAACAGCAAAAAUACCCGAAAUUCUUUAGAUUCAGGAAGGGAGACGGGAGCCGUUUCUGAUUCCAAAACCGAUUCUUUGAAAUUCAACGACCAACCGUCAUGGUUAGAAAGAGGAGAAGAAAUAAUUCCAUCAAGCAUCGAACGUAAAGCCAACAGUGUUGAUCUUCCGCUUUCGCUUCGAAUUAUAAAGAGAAAAUUGCAAUGGCAAGAAGGGUUUCGAGAAGCAGGGGAAUCGGCUUAUUGCUCAAUGAAAAAGGCGUUUUCUUCAAUGGUUUUUAUAAUCCGCGAGCUUCAGAGUUACACUUUACAAAUGCGAGAGCUUUUGUUUUAUGAAGAUUUGCAAGGGAUUCUUGUUAGAGUUCAGAAAGAGAUGCACGCGUCGUUCGUUUGGUUGUUUCAACAGGUUUUUUCUCAUACACCGACUUUGAUGGUUUACGUGAUGAUCCUGUUGGCAAAUUUUUCGGUUUAUUCCAUGGGAAGCAACGCUGCUAUAGCAGCAGCAGCAGCGAAUCCCGCACCUGGGUGUAUUGUUUCUGUGGUUGAGGUUCAAGAUCAGAAGAAUCAAAAGUUUGAUUCUUCCUCAAUAAAAUCAUUUUCAGUGACGUCAUCAAGUGGAAAAACCACUUCGAUUGGCGGAAACAACGGCGGUGGUGGAAAAGUUAGGCCCGUUGCUAGUGGCACAGACGGUGACGGGUUCUUUGAUGGAUCAGACCAGUUCAGGACCAUUGUUCCUGACGGAGCUUCCCAAUUAUCAUCUCCAGGAACUACAGGGGAAGCGCAAACGGAGUCAACGUCAGGGCAAGUAACUAGAGAAGAAGAGCUAAGUCUUUGGAACUCAAUCGUUGAUGAAGCUUCAAAAAUGCAAGCUUCAUUUGGAGAUGAAUCGCUCGAUCGUGAAACAAUUCAGAGAUUUAUUUCGCCUGUUAUAGCAAAGAUCGAACCGGAUGGUGAUUAUGAAGAUUAUUUCAGAACUGAGCUUCUGUACCAAACAGGGUUGUCACAAGAGCCUAACAACCCUCUCCUUCUUGCCAAUUAUGCUCAGUUUCUCUACCUUGUUGCACAUGAUUAUGACAGAGCCGAAGUGUACUUCAAGAAAGCAAUAACGGUGGAACCAGCAGACGCGGAAGCAUACAGUAAAUACGCGAGCUUUCUAUGGAGAGUUAGGAAUGAUUUGUGGGCAGCCGAGGAAACUUUCUUGGAUGCAAUUUCUGCAGAUCCUAGUAACUCUUAUUACGCCGCAAACUAUGCUCAUUUCCUAUGGAAUACUGGUGGAGAGGACACUUGUUUCCCUCUAAGCUCUCCAGACACUACCCAAGAAGCUUAAAAACCCUUUAAAAAACACAAACAAAAAGAAGAAGAUAGACGUCAGAAACAUAACCCACCAGAGCAAAAAUCAUAUGGCUACCGCCCCUCCUUUGUUUUUUCCCUUCUCUUCUGGAAUUUGUUUACGAAAUAAGGAAAAAUGAAAAAAAGAAAUAAGCAACCAAAGUAAAGGAGAGAAAAAGAAUUUUCUUGUCUUUGAAACUUGUGUUAUAUUCUUUAAUCCUAGUAUUUCCAUUUUAAGUGGUGGUGAGGCAACUUGGAGAGGGUGGGUUAUUGGAGGUGUUUUGGAAGCAGGGUUUCACGCAAGGAAUACGGGGAAAAUGCAUGGAAGGUGGCGACAGUUGGAAACUUGUUAAGCGCUGUGCGUGUCCUCGGCAGGAGCAGGCUGGUACUUGAGAACUACACACGUCAGGUGGAGUUUGGAGGAGGGAUGAAGCUUUGAUAAGCUUAGCUUUUUUGGCCUUUCUUUUUCUUUGCCUUUUUUGGCACAGGUCAAAAUCAUUGGUCUUCUUAUUGGUUUACACCAGACCACAUUACGAAUUUGUACUUAGUUACCUUUUUUUUUUUUGUUAAUACAAGAACCAUUUUAAUUUUUUUUU